GACCGCUAGCGAGCGUAGACCUGGGUCCCGUUAUAUUUGUGUUGGUUAAUUAAGCGGGCUAACUAAACGGCUGCUGCCACGCCCUCACUCUUCCGCCUCUCUCGCUGAAACACGCCGGCGACCAGGGUUCACACGUCGGUUCACACCCGCGUGCUGCAGUACGUCUCGAUUCAGUCGCGUGGAUUGCCGACGCACUUUUCACCGCAUCCCACCGGUUUCCCAUCCUCGCCGUAACAACAAGGCGAUGGCGUCGCGCGGUCAAACCGAAACGGGCAAGCUGAAGGAGCGCCUAGAAGAGCAACUCGAUCGUCUCGUGGCACAGCUGGCCGAUCUCGAGGAGUGCCGAGCCGAACUCGACGAGGACGAGUACGAGGACACGAAGCGUGAGACGUUGGAGCAGCUGCGCGAGUUCCAGCAGUCGCUGGCCAAGAUCGUGUCGGGAGACAUGACACUGGUAGACCAACUCAGCGGCAUGCAGCUCGCCAUACAGGCAGCCAUCAGCGACGCAUUCCGGACGCCCGAGGUGAUUCGGAUGUUCGCAAAGAAGCAGCCUGACCAACUUCGCGAGCGCCUUUCGCAGCUACAGCGGGACGCCAAGAUCGGCCGUCUCAGCGAGGACGAGUUGGCGCCGCAGAAGCUCGAGAUCCUUGCCGCCCUCAAAAAGCUCAAGGCCAGCCUGCUUCCCGAAGAGGAGCACUACCUCGAGAAGCACGCUAGCAAGGCGCUGCUCGACUUCGACCAGGUCGGCGAGGAUGCUGCAGAUGCGAGCCGACUGCUUGAUGUGGCCGGCUCCCAAGUCAAGGCCGCCGCACAGCGGUGACUUUCGUGUUCAUCACAUUUUGUCCUCAUCAACUGUCCUGUGCGCCCCCGCCUCAUGCAGAUUUUUGCAAAUGAACUUGUUGUUGGGCUAGUUUGUAGAUGAUUUCAAAAUAUUAAUUUGACUUCAAACACACAAUACAUUCACGCACACGCACACACCCAGGCAUUCAGUGCAGUGUGUGUUUGAUGCCUAGGUGUGCCUGAGCGCGAACGUAUCAUGUGUUUGCGUUCAAAUUAAUAUUUUUGCAACUUCUGAGGCGCUGGUAAUGACGGUGUGCCUAUUGGCAAAAAAAAAAAAAAACACUGAGACUAAGCAUUGGGGCUGUCUCGUAUCACGUGGUGUAGCGUUUAGUAUAUAUAAGGGAAUUUUGAAAUGCUCCGAAUGUUCGUGUUUUGCUGGCCACUAUACAGGGGCGACUUUCAUGUUUGUCAUGGUUCGUCCCUUCUAUAAUGAUUUUGUUCCCUACUGUUGCGUAUUUUUGCAAGUUUCGAGGUGCAGGUAAGUAUGACACACCCUUGGCAAAGCAAACUCCAGGGCUAAGCAUUGCAGCUGUCUCGCAUCACGUGGCACUGAAGUUGUCCUUCUAGACUGUUUGUGUGUUUAAGUGCACGAGCAGUGUAAAACACUGCUCUUGGUUUGGUAUUGGCUUUUGCAUAUUUUGCAACUUUCGAGGUGCUCAUAACGACAAUGCACAUCUCAACGAAGCUAGCAUCAGGGCUAAGUAUUGCGGCUCUUCCGCAUCAUGUGCCAUUACAGUUUGUACCUUCUAGACUGCUUGUCUAUUGGUCCUGUUGCGUAUUAUUGCAACUUUCGACUGUGCUGGUAAUAAGUGUCUUGGCACAGGAAGUGCCAACGCUAGGAACUGCAGCUGUCUCGCAGUGUGUUUAGUAUCUAUGAAAGUUUUCCAAAUGCACCGUACAUCGGAGACUGCCAUUCUUGUCACGUCUCAACCCUCUUAAAUGUUUGCUUCCAAUGCAUGGUCCAGUCCGGUGCAUUGAUUGCAGCUUUUGAGCAGCUUGUAAAGAUGGAGUAUCAAGACUAAACAGUGCAAUAUACCCGUCUCAUUCAAAUAUGGUGUUGUGUAUAACAUAGCGGAAUGCCCUAAUGUGGUUGCGCGGGUGUGUAAUACGUUCCACAUCUUUUGUCUCUUUCGGUUUUGUCAGGAUGUGAGGUGAUGAUUUCACUUAUUCCCAUUUACCACGGAGUGUCUUAAUAUUACUAGAGGGAGGUCUGGCAUCAGUCACCAAACGUGCAAAUGAAGAGUCCUAUGGAGGUUCGUCCUAUUGUCGAAGUUGCGCUUUGUUUUGGCCUAGAUGCAUACAAUACAUAAAACGCACACAAUGGACACUUACAUUUUAUUGACUGCAAUUGGUAUGAAGUCGUAUGACAAACUUUCAAAGAAUCUGUGUUCUGUUCACUGUUCCCACGUUGUCUAAACCAUUACGCUUGUGCCACCUGUAGACAAUUAGCACUCCACUUCUGGUUGGCUUUGAGUCUUUCAGGGUUGCUAAGGCCAGUGUUACGUCCAUCCCAUCCCGUUCAAGCUUCACCAUUGCGUGAACAAAAGUUUGUCAUGUCACAUGUCCAUGCAAAAAGAUGCAACUGUUGAAUCAGUCAUGCUUGAUCAUAUUCACUAGGGUACAGUCAUGUCCGACCAAGCUUCACAGGAAUGUAUGAAUCGCUUUUUUUUUCUUACAGUGCUAUGCAUAGUACAUCACCAAAGAUAUACACAGCAAGUUUUUUACCGGAGAGUAGCUUAGGCCAGAAUGUUUUUGGCAAGAAACUUCUUAGUAGAGAUGCGUCAAUAUUAAAAAAUUUGUAAAUUGUUAUUUGAAUAAUGCUACGAUUUCUUGCCUUUGUAUCAACUAAUCAGCGUAUAUUAACUGAAUAUUUCUCAAAUUGCUUUCGAAUAACUUGGUGCACACAAUAAAACAAAAGUUACGAAAGGUGCAAAAAUAUUUCAUCCUAGAAAUUUCAGUAUAGAAACUACGAGAAGCUGUGUAACUGCUGAAAGAGCUCCGCUUGUUAGUACUGACAUAAAAUUUUCUAAUCAACACGCCUGCCAUCCUCUGCAAGAUAUGAAUAGUAAAUUUAUUCAAGAGGGUAGUUAAAUUGGCUUUAAUGUGUAUUCUAUGCAAAUGAGUGAAAACCGAGCACCUCACCACAUCAUCGUCAGCUUGGUUUUGACGUAAACAAACGACGAAGUAUGUGACAUGUUUGCGUUGUUUGCUAUGCUCCCUGUUCGUGCUGUCUACCAUAGUCAUCAGUUGCAUGUGCAUGUGUUAUGUGCAUCACUCUUUUGUGUGCUCAUGUUUCCAGCUGUUUUUAGAAAACAAAACAAUAAAACUAGACACUCAGUCCUACAUCUCUCAGCACUCCCAAAAACCAGAACCGCAAGUAGAAACUACAAUAGCUUUCCCAAAUAAUUGAUCGCUGUGCACUAGAGCAAAUGGUGUUUUGAGUGAUAAGUGGUUCGUUAGCUACUCACAGCAACAGAAGUAACAAGAUACAAAAUCUUCGUGUAGGUGCUCUUAUUUAUACCAUGCCUGUUUUCUACUCCAAUCUACACCAAUCUUCUGAAUUCCUUAUUUCAUUAAGCUUCUAAUAAAGGUAUUGUGAAUGUUACAACACAA